AUGAUACACCUUGGAUUAUUGUACGAGAACGGAAGUGGCGUCAAGCUGGACAAGAAGAAGGCGAUGAAACUGUAUCGCGCGGCCGCAGACCGAGGCGACGCGGUCGCGCAAUUCGAUUUAGGGGUUUUACUUGAAUCUGAGAAGAAAUUUGAAGAAUCUAUCCGGUACUACGCGCUCUCGGCGGAUCAAGGCGAUACCGAUGCGGAGUAUUGCCUUGGCCUUUGUUACAGGGACGGACGAGGCACCAGGGCCACACAAGGGCGAGGGGCCGACCCGAGAACCCGCGAAACCCUCGGGAGGGUAAGGGUGAGGGGCCGCCAAAUUCCCAGAACCCUUGGCUCGGGUACGGGUGCGGGUACCGACGAAAAGCCACGGGUGCGAGGGACGCCCCUUACCCUCGAGGGUGUCCCGCGCCUGGCCGACCUCCUGAUUUCCGUUCGAGGGCGUGUAAUGCAGCUGCCAGGUUGUCGGGUCGAUCCAAAAGCAGCUUAA